GUCACAGUCUCACGUUAUUAUUUUUUUUUUUUAAUGUUCCGCGCUUUGUUUCCUCGACUCGGUUUAUUUUAGACUCGACCGUAACCGCAUGAAGCGCGAGGUCUCUCGUGAAUAAGCAGGACGUCGAUAUCAAAGGGACUUCCUUGAGCGAUAUCUCGGCUUUUGUAUCUCCGACUUGUGUUACACUCCGAAGUUCUCUUUAGUUGCGAAGUUACAUUCGGCCGCUAAACAUUCCAUCAAAAUGCAGAUUCGGUUUUAUCGGAUCUCUGCCUUUGUGUGUGUUGCGAACACUCGCGAUAAAGUGUGUUAGAAAAAAAAAUAACAAAAAAAAAACAACGCGCAAACCACCGAUGAGACAAAAAGUUGAAGAGAUACAACUUGUUGCGCGCGUUUACCGCGUUCCUCGUUAUUUAUAUUAAUGUGCAACUUGGUAGCUUUCAAGUAGCUAUUUUUAUUUCAGCGCUCGCAAACAACUUACUCUUCUUACAAUACUUCUUUUUUGUUUCACUCACACACACAAUUGUGUGUAACACGCGCGACAUUUCGCACGAGAUACAUCGGAACUUAUCGGUGACAAUAACGCUUAUCACGAACGCCGCGUGUCGUUCGUUUCGUACGAGGAUAGUUGCGCACGUCAAACGAAGCGCGAUAAUUCUCAGCACACAUAAUUGAAAUCAAUUAGUUCGAAACGGUAAUAAAACCGCGUCGCGGAAGUGUGCCUCCUCGUCUCGAAAAGUCGAUAAAUUUUCUCUCCCUUUCUCUUUCUCUCUCUCUCUCUCUCUCCUCUUUCUCUUUGCGCAGCGGCGCGAGAUAUGCUUUGUUCGAUAAAUCAACGUCGAUUUCAUCCCUACGUGAGCAUCAAUUACAAGACUCUUCUCGAGACAUUAAUUUAUUAUCGUGGAAAAAAAAGCGCAAUCCCACGGGCGAUUGAUACACUCGUCGUGCGAGGCGAAUACAAAAGCAAUCGUCGGCUUUUUCGCUAAUAAACAAACAAGAAGUCUACGUUCAAGCAGCUUUUUGGCAGCAUAUAUGAAGAUGGCAGACGAACUACUGUUCUCCGCUUUCGGCUUGACAACGGACACUAGUGAAAGACAGCUAUUUUUUCAAAACACAAAUUUAUCCAACUACUGUGAGAUACCGACAAUGUGCGCAACGUGUCCGCUCAACAACGAUUUCGAAAUGCUUGACACUCAGUUAAACAUGACGUCAAAUCCGAUGGACUUUUACCAAGACUUAAAUUCUUCCUUGCAAUCAUCCUGGGACGACUGGUCGACCACCAAUACACCUAACUCAUCAUCAGGUUGUUGGAACGAACAGAACGAAUUGGAUUCGGAGUUGGAGGAACUGGGCUGGUGUCUGGGAAAGUUCGGUGACUGUAGCCUCCCAGAAAAGACGCCAUUGUGCACCGCCGGAUGCGAGAGAUUUCUGCACUUGUCGUCAUCUCAGCCGAAUCCGCAGCCGCAACACGAAGAAUCGUUGCUAGUGCUGGGAGUCGAUUUACGAUCACUGGAGAACACGUUAGACGCAAAUACAAUAGAUUGCAACAAUAAUCGAUUGGAUGAUGAUCUCCUAAUUUCGCCAGCAGCUACUGCCGCGUUAGCGACACAUGAUUACACCAAUCGCAGUUUAGGAAACGCGGCCGAAGAUCGAUGCUUCCCCUGUACAUAUCAAGGAUGUUUAAAGGUGUACGCCAAAGCGUCUCAUUUGAAGGCUCAUUUACGUCGGCAUACCGGCGAGAAACCGUUCGCGUGCACUUGGACCGGUUGCAAGUGGCGUUUCAGUCGAUCGGACGAGUUAGCGAGACAUCGCAGAUCGCACUCGGGUGUUAAGCCGUACGCCUGCGAAAUGUGCUCCAAGAAAUUCGCGCGAAGCGAUCAUUUGGCCAAGCAUCGGAAGGUACAUCGGAAGAAUGCAUAUCCGUUGUUUCACGGAGUCAAGGAAUUGCGCGGCAGCAAAAUCAACGUAUCGCCGACGGAAAUUUAAUCCGUUUGUUACGUAGAACGCGGAGAGAAAGAGAUAAAAAAAACAAAAGAACUUGUUUGACGCAUAAUAAUAAAAUCUCAACUUUGGAUUGAGAGAAAUAGUUAGAAUUUAAUUAGUUUAAUUAGUUUUUUUAAGAUGUAAAGAUCUUAGCUCGGAAUUAGCUGAACUGCUCGAUUUGCGAUUUGCUCGCUAACUGGCGAUUACCUCGUGCCUUUUCAUAAUAUUUUUAUCGUCUUGAAAUUCGCGAUAGUUAUCAAUAGUUUGAUAUCUUAGCUCGAAUUGCUUAACUGCUCGAUUUGUGCGAUUUGCUCGGUAACUGGCGAUUACCUCGUGCCUUUUUUCAUAAUAUUUUUAUUGUCUUGAAAUUCGCGAUAGUUAAUAAUAGUUAACUAUUAAGUUACAAGCCAAAGAAGUUUUAUCACGUUGAAAUAAAGCACUUGCAUGACAUAGCGUUUGUAUACAUUUGCAAAAUAAAGCAUUUGAAUCUACUCUAUAGAAAUAAGAGAUUUCACGAGAAUUAUAUAAAAGAACUAGACUAAUGACGUGAAUCAGUGAAUUUUAAUCAUGAUUUCGAUUUUUACGGUGUCUUGUAUUAAGUAAGAAGUAAUAAGUGUAAUCAGUUAGCUUCUCGUUAUUUCUUUAAACAUGUUCAGAAACGAGAUGUCUUAAUAAGAAACAGUUGCAUUGGAAAUUAAUACAUAUUGCAGAUUAAUAAAAUUCUGUGAAAAAAAAAAAGAAAAAAA